UUGUGGUGAUGCUCAGCGGAAGGUAAAUACAGAGACGGAAGAGGAAGUAAGGCAUCUCCUCGCUAUUUUUGUUUUCCUUCGUGUUUUUAAACCUCAGUAGUUCAAACCAUAACAAUCGGCUAAUUGUGCCGCUAAUGAUUUGGUGUCUAUGGCAUAGCCACUCUCUUAAGCAGACCAUUUAUGAUCAAUGGUUAACAACUUGAGUGCGACAUCAUAUAUCCGCCCCAUCUGGUAAUCACUUACACAGAACUAUCAACAUGGCUGAGAAUCACAGCUUGCAGGAUAUAAGGCAGCAGGCAGCCAUCUCUGCCAAAGUUUUCAUUCAGAGAGACUACACCAACGGCACUGUCUGCCAAUUCCAGACCAAGUUCCCCUCUGAACUUGAGAACAGGAUUGAUAAGCAGCAGUUUGAGGAGACUGUGAGGACGUUGAACAACCUGUAUGCUGAAGCAGAGAAGCUGGGAGGCUCAUCUUAUUUGGAGGGUUGUCUGGCCUGCCUCACUGCGUAUACAAUCUUCCUUUGUAUGGAGACACACUACGAGAAGGUUUUGAAGAAGAUCGCUAAAUUCAUCCAGGAGCAGAACGACAAGAUCUACGCGCCACGAGGUCUUCUUCUCACUGACCCUAUUGAGAGAGGCCUCAGAGUUGUUGAAAUAACCAUCUUUGAAGACCGAAGCCUGGGAAGAUAAAAUCAGCAAUAUUAUGAUGGGUUGGAGCUUUGUUGGGCUGGUUCUAUCUGGAUCUCUGCUUGGUUCCGCAUCAUCUGUUCCUGCGUGAGAAGGUCCUCCAAAACACCAGACUGAGGACCACCUGAACCUCUAACUGUCCAAACAACAUACCAGCUCUCUUGUCUCCCAUCCAGGAAUCUACAUUCUGAGUACUGCGUUGCUACAAUCUGUCCUGUGCUCUACUCCCUUUAACUGCUCUGUACUCCACUACUCUAAGGCAUGUUUAAAUUGUUUACUCUCAUACACAGUAUUACAGACGUCAAAUCCUAAUUUGACCCAACUUCUGACUGGAGAGAACUAAUCCUGCACAGAAAAUGUGAAAAUGUGGGUAACUGACAACCGGCGCUCUGCUUUCUCUUGAACAGAGUGCGAUGUGGAGGGUGUGUAACAUGUUGUGCUAGCGCAGUGUAUUAUCCUGCUACACAGCUGCAUUAUGUUUACCAAGAACACAUUGCCCCAAAAUCAUUGUCCUUUUCAUACCAUGGCUAUAAUUUCGCAUUUUCCAGGAGAAAUGUUACAACAUCCAAUGAAAGUUGACUAGUUAUUUGUUGUAGUUAUGUAAAUUACAACUCUGGAAUACUUUCAAUACAUACCUAUGUAUUUCCCACUGUGCAGAAAGGUUCUUGCAAUAAACAAAUGAAUGUGUAUGAUGCAUGUGCUGUAAUACCGAACAGUCAUACAUGUUGAUCUCAAGUGAAAUAUGAUUACAUAGGAUUCAUAACACCUGACUUUAAUACAUCCCCUGACUUCUAAUUGUUUAAAAUAUAUUUUUGGUCAUGUAUUUAUACAAAGUCUCUCUCUUUUUCCCUGUACAGAGAUUGUUUGCUUUUACCAAACCAAAUGGCCCAAUUAAGCUUGCAUUCUUGCAUGUUGAUUCAGUGUUCAGAUAGUUAUUUUGUUAAAAUGUAACAGUGCCAUGCAAAAUGUUUGUUUGGUGACUACUGUUCAUUUAGCCAUGCAUUGAUUGACUUGUGUGUAUGUGUGUGAGUAAACUGUGUCUAGCUAUGUAAGCACAUUUGAUUGUUUUCAAGUGAAGAGUUAGGCUGAGAAGUGCGCUUGUUUGUCUCCAGUGCCUGUAGUUGCCUUGAAGAUUGCCUCAUUCAGUUCAGUGGGUUCAUGUCAGGUGUAUCUCAGAAUACUAUCUUAGCAACCAUUUUAUGUAGCUUAUCCUAACUUGUGCUCACUUAACUCUAAAAGCUGGGCAGUUAGAAAGUGAAUAUCCUAAGAUGAUUCCUUAACAACCAGUCUGUCUGUUCUCGUCAGUUUUAUGAAUGAAGACCAUUGGAGUGAUUACAUUUAUUUAGAUGAUAUUGAAUAUUAAGGACGGUUAAAUAUUACUCAGUUGAUCUACAUACAUUAAAAUGUUGCUCAGUGGAUCUACAUGCAUUUCAUUAUGAAUUAUUUAGUUCUGAAUGUUACAUUGUAGAAUUGAUUUUGUCUCCAUGUUAGUGCUAAGUUUCAGAUGAUCUAACACUACAGAAAUUGCUAUCUAUAGAUUUUAAAUGAAACAAUUUGAGGGCAUGUUAAAAUGCAAGAAAAUAAGUAAUUUACCCUCAAUCCAAAUCAUUCUGUAAAUAUAAUGUCAUUGUAUUUUGUUCAUAACAGAUGAUGAGAAAACUGAUGGACCUUUCGUGUUCUUUUUAAGUUGUAUUGCAAACUGUUACUUAACAUGUGAAUUCAUAAUAAAUCAAACAUAU